CAACAUUACAUUUCCUCCCACGAAGAAACAUGGCUACUUGCAGUUCAACGAUGGCUAUUUUAUUUACGUUUCGUUUGGCUUUAGAACAAGACUUAGAAAAAACGGCAUGUUACUGGGGUUAUUCUAUUUAAAACGUUUAUUUUGAGGCUAAUAUUUCGUUAGGAUAGCAAUUCUUCGCCGUUGUUUUAGCGCCAAUCGUUAAUGGUUGUCUGGUUUCUUGUGUUUGCUAUCUCUAUCUACUCGCCAGUGAAUCGCUGCGAUUGCUUUUGCUGAGAGAGCAACACAGGACAUAAACAGCAGGUUCCCGUCGCAAUGUUUAGCCCUGUGAACUCCUCUUACUUCAGAGUCAGUCCGGCCAUUGUCAACCGGGAACUCGGCAAGACCAAAAUGAGAUAGCAAGAGGGUAACGUCGGAGUGCUAGCUGGCGUUUACUGCAUAACUCUACAUAACUGAGCUGACAUCCAUCACGAAACAUGUUUGGGAAUCUUUUUGAAGAAGAGGAGAACGAAGGCUUGUCUUUAAAUACCCCAAAGGGAAGAAAUGCCAAGCUAGAAAAGGAGCCGCCACCCCCCCGUGGAAGGAGCAAUCUGUGCGGGAUUAAGAACCAGGGAGGAACCUGCUACCUCAACUCUCUGCUCCAGACUCUGCUGUUCACACCUGAGUUCAGAGAAGAGCUGUUCCGUCUGGGACCGGAAGAAUUAGGAUGCCUUGAAGACAAAGACAAACCAGAGGCAAAAGUCAGGGUGAUCCCCCUGGAGCUUCAGAGACUGUUUGCCCGUCUGCUGCUGGUGGACCAGCAGAGCGCCUCGACUGCUGAUCUCACCGACAGCUUCGGCUGGAACAGCAGCGAGGGGACGAAUCAGCAUGACGUGCAGGAGCUCAACAGAAUCCUGUUCAGUGCUUUGGAGAACUCUCUUGUGGGCACAAGCGGCAGUUCAUUCAUCCACCGUCUCUACCAUGGGACUAUUGUCAACAGUAUUGUCUGUAAAGAGUGUGGAAAUGUCAGCCAAAGACAGGAAGACUUCCUGGACUUAACGGUGUGCGUCUGCGGUGUUUCUAGCUUGGAGGAGGCUUUAUGGAACAUGUUUGUGGAAGAAGAGUUGUUUGAGGGCAACAACCUGUACCGCUGUGCUCAGUGUGACAGACUAGUCACUGCUGCCAAGUCUGCCAAGCUCAAAAAGUUGCCUCCAUUUAUGACGAUGUCUUUGCUGAGAUUCAGCUUUGACUUCACCAAGUUUGAGCGCUAUAAGGAGACAGGCCGCUACAGUUUCCCCUUCACCAUCGACCUGCGACCCUUUUGUGAACAGGCAGAUGGAGAGGACUUGGAUUUCAUGUACGAGCUUUUUUCUGUGAUCAUCCAUAAGGGAGGCUGCUAUGGUGGUCACUACCAUGUUUACAUCAAGGACAUCGAUCAACUUGGCAAAUGGGAACCACCUGACGAAGAUGUGAAACCCAAAGCACAGAAAAAAGAGAAAGUUAAGGAGAGAUGUGAGGCAGAACUACAAGAAGACGACCCUUUGUCUGUCCUCACAGCUAUAAUAGCCCAGGAGCCAUCGCAGAGUGUCUUACUGGAUCAGCUGGGCCAGCAGCUCAUGAAUAAAAUUGGAUCGUCCUGGAACAAAAAGUUUAGGAAACAAUAUGGUCCCAUUGGCAAGUUUUUGCAGUCCCAUAAAGAUAUUUUCAUGUUGGUGUCAAACGGCACUCGAGUCGCUCUGAAGAAAAACCCACCGAGUCCGAACACGGAGCCUCCAAGUCCGGCGGAACAGAAUUACAAGCCCGAUCCUUCAGCCGUGCCAAACUCAGCUGGUUCUGACCAUCAGCCAGAAGCAAAUCAGCAGUCCCAACCAAAAGCAGAGCAGGGUAGCCACUGGUUUGACCUGAAUGACUCCGCUGUGACUUCUAUCAGAGAGGCGGACAUAGAGAAGCAGUUCCAGGGCAAAGAGAGCGCCUACAUGCUGUUCUACAGGAAAACACAGCUGCUCAGGCCCAAAGAAGCUCUAAACAAUCCCCACUAUAACGUUCCUGCUUAUCUCAUUCAAAUGGCUCAAGAAGAGAACCUCCAGCUGCAGGAACAACGUGAGGAGUUUGAAGCUACCAACAACACAGUGGAGCUGCAUCUGCAUCUUGCUCACUGUUAUAAGAUGAAAAAUGGAGCCAUGCAGCGAAUCAACGAAGAGCUCGACAGGAACACAACCCUGAGUUUUGAUCGUAGGAAGACUGUAGGGGACCUCCGCUCCACCAUUUAUCAGAUGCAAGAAUUGUGGGAAGGAGAUAUGGCUCUGACUGUGGCCAAAUGCCUUCCAGCAGGUUUACACCUGUACAAUAAUCUCACAGAUGACAGCGUGUCUCUGUACAGUGCAGGAAUCCACUCCAACACUGACCUUUUUGUGUGGAACGGCAGAGAGGUGUUUGGUGCAACCAUCCACGCCGGAGCCGAGUGGGAGCCGGUUUUACUCACAGUGGUUCGGCCCUUUUUGGGCGACGAUGUGGAGCACGAGGUGGAGCGUGGGGCUAAAUGUGAAAAGAGCGAUGGGUCUUUUGAAAAUGGUGGCCCCGGACUUAAACGAGAAGCAAUUGGGUUUGCGGGUGGAGCUACACUCGGGGAGGUAAGGGAGGCGCUGGGGGAGCCUAAGGAGAGUCUGCUGUGCCAGGAACACAAAGGAGGAAAGGGAACGGUGCAGGGGCCAGGAGAGGGAGGAGGAGGAAGUGGGUGGAGGGUGUUUCCUCCCGAUGACAUGCAGCGGACUCUGAAGGAGCUGUCGCUCAAAGAUGGAGAUUCACUGUUGGUGCUGGAGCCACAGUCCUUUGACAGCAGUGUUUUUACUCGAAAUGGAGACGUCGUCACUGUGACCACACCCUCCGACUGCCGCUGGCUUCUGGUGGAGUUUCAGCCCCCAUCAAAAGGAGGGGAUAUGGACACACAAGAAGAGGGCAGAAAAGCUAAGGUUUCCGCCACAGGGAACAUGCUGCUGUCAGAAGUCAAGCAAAGAGCCUUGGAGGGGCUGCAACUCCAGGAGCAACUUUCAGGUGCACCGUGCUGUCUGAGGCAGGUGGACUGCACAGGGAAACUCCUUCCUCCAGUCUGUGAAGAGCUGAGUGUUCGGGAUGCAGGAGUGCGACUCAUGACCACGCUGGCUCUCUGUCCUGGAAAUGGUCCCAAGGCAUCACAGCUGUUUUUGCACUUUACUGUGGGCGGACCUCCCUCUGCUGGCAUGGAGAUGGACAUAAUUGUGGAGAAGACGAGCACUGUCAAAGAAUGUCUCAGGCUGAUGCUGGAUGCGGUUGGACUUGAUGGAACCUGUUGGCACUUAAGAAGGUUAGACUGGUGCGAGGAGGUCGGUGAGCCGCUCGUGGACGAGGAUUUGUCCUUGUCUGAUCUGAAGAUCAGCAACGGGGAGACUUUAGUUAUCACUGAGGGACUUUUACCUCCAAAGGGUUUCCUAAAGCUUUCUGUGUGGCUGUGUGCAAAUCCAAAAUGUAUGGAUGGAGAUUUUAAAAGCACCACUGAGGAGGAAACGGAGGAAGUAGCGAUGGUGGGAAAAGGGGAUUGUCAGCCACCCGGCUGCAGCGGUGACGGGGCGGAGUUCAAGAAUGUGGGACAGGUGGAGAUUUCAGACGAGGCCACAGUGGACGAUCUCAAGAUUCAGUUGAUGACCCUGCCAGCUCUUCAGGACGCCUGCAUCCCAGCCCCCGGGUUCCUGCGCGUUUGGCAGCUGGAAGGAUCGAGGUUGGCCCGUAUCCUGAAGGGAAAGCAGGCCACACUCAGGAAGUUGAAGGUGGGCAGUGGUGCAGACCUCUGUGUGCAAAACCUACUAAAAGAGGAAGAUCUCGGGCCUAAACAGCUGCUGCUGAAUGUGAAGAUGGGCGUACCUGGAGAGCGAUGGUACUACCCUCCAGAGGAACUAGUUUGGGAUGCGUCCCAUGACUCGUCCCCGCGCUCUCUGCGCACAUGCUUGGCUGCACACUUUGGCCUCUCCCCUGACUCUCUCCUGCUGGCCAAACACCAGCCAGAAAAACACACUUGGGAAGAAAUCUCCAACUGGACGCAACAAGUUUCCAAAAAGAAGAAGAAGAAAAAGGCGGAGUCGCUGCUUGGAGCACCGUUCUACCUCAAAGACGGCGACACCAUCGGGAUCAAGAACCUUUUGGUUGACAAUAACAGGGACUUCACCACCUCGGCGGACGAGCAGGGCCAACAGAGGCUCCGGGAACUGGGGGAGAUUCGUCAGAAAGGGGGGCCGGCUGCAGCCUCUGAUCGUGCCAAACCCAGGAAGCCAGAGCUGCCAUUAUCAAUAAGUGUUGGAGUUUUCAGAUAGCAGACUUCUGUUCCAGCAACUAACCGGACAGAUAAAGAACUUUUUUUUUACAAGAGUCCAUAUGCAAUCAUACAGAGAAAUGCCAGAUCCAGAUAAACCACUGCUGUGCCACUUGUUUCUCUACAUAACGGUUUAGGUUGGACCCUUAAAAAAAUACUCACUAACUUUAUAAAAGUAAUUUUAAAAAUCUCCUCUAAUGAUUUAUUUUGCCGACUGAUAAUUUAACUUUUAAAAAUGCUCUUGAUUCAUAUAGAAACAAACCACACUCCAAUUUUUUUCUUAUUUCAAACCGGCUGGUAUGUCAUGACCACAAUCUUGGGCGUCUUUGCUAAAUUAUCAGACGUGCAGUCAACUAUUUGUGUUUUCUAAUGAAACUGCCACUGUGCAGUUUGAACAAAAGGCUUUUCUAGGUCAGUGGCUCAGUGGGUUAUGGAAAAGGGAAGAUUGGCCUUAACACGGAGUCUGUGCUGCUCUGUCCUCCCUACCUCGCUCAACAACCCCCACUCCUCAUCCUCUACCUCUUUUGCCUAAUCUCUUCUUCAUAUGUGAUCACAAUCUUAAUCAUUCUUGUCUUGAAAUGAACUGACUUGCAAAUUCAAAUAUUUUUUGCUCUUCACACUUAAUGCAGGGUGUGUUUUAUGUAUUUGGGGAAAAAAAGGUAAGGUUUAAAAUUAUGUUUGUUAUAAAUUAUUUAACAAAAGAAAGCUUCACAGGAUGAGUUGAUCAUUUGGCAGGUUGAAUUGGAAUAAUAAUAAAAAGACAAAUAUUUAUACCUAAAAUUGAAUCUGACAUUUUGUUUAAAACAAUUACAUUUAGAAACAUUAUGUUGGAUUCUGGGAGUUGGACUUUUAAGUUAUUUGAAAAUGACUUUAUUUUUUUAAAGUCAAAUUGGGUGAAAGAUUGUUGAUUCUUAAUGCUUUUGAUUUUCAUUUGUACCCAAAUAUCUGCCGGAUUUUACAUAACUUGGAAAAAAAUAAACCUUUAAAUGUAUUAACAGCUGUAGUCAAAUUGGUUUGGAAAGCUGUUGAUUUUUAAUGCUCCUGCAUUUUGAAAACUUAAAUUUCCAAUGGGUUAAGCUCUGUUAAAAUGUAUUUACUGAAAGUAUUUUGUUAUCAAUAAAGUUGUACAAAUGCAAGAGUA